AACAUGCCAGUUUGGCAUAUUUUAUCUCAUAACCAUCUCUGGAUUGGUAGUUGAUAUCUCAAUGGAUAUCGCUCUAAAAGUGCUCUUUGUCCUCUCUCUGAGUUUGGUUUCUAUGAAACCUUUAGCCGAAGCCAGAUAUUGGCACUGGUCUAGUGAAAUAAAAUUCAAUUCUUCAUCAGCCACUGAGGAUCUUGUAACAAAUCUUCCAGGCCAACCUAGUGUAAAUUUUAAACAUUAUGCUGGCUAUGUCACAGUGAAUGAAAACAAUGGAAGAGCACUCUUCUACUGGUUUUACGAAGCCACAACUCACGCUGAUGAAAAACCUCUAGUGCUGUGGCUAAACGGAGGUCCCGGUUGUUCUUCCGUGGGAUAUGGAGCAACACAAGAAAUUGGGCCUUUCUUUGUGGACAGCGAUGGGCGUGGCUUGAAAUUAAAUCCUUUCUCAUGGACCAAAGAAGCCAACUUAUUGUUCCUGGAAUCUCCAAUUGGUGUGGGCUUUUCAUACACAAACACUAGUGGUGAUUAUGAUAGGCUGGGUGAUGACUUUACAGCAAAUGAUGCAUAUGCUUUCCUCCACAACUGGUUCCUCAAGUUCCCGUCAUAUCAACAUCGAAUAUUUUAUAUAGCUGGAGAGAGCUAUGCAGGGAAGUAUGUUCCUGAGCUGGCUGAAGUUAUUCAUGAUAAGAAUACAGAUCCCUCUUCCUUAUUCAUUAAUCUCAGAGGCAUACUGCUGGGUAAUCCGGAGACACACGAUGCUGAGGACUGGAGAGGCAUGGUGGACUACGCCUGGAGCCAUGCUGUGGUCUCGGAUGAGACCUACAAGACCAUUAUCAAGUCCUGCGAUUUUUACAGUGAUGACACGUUGAACAACAGCGACUGCUAUGCUGGCUGGGACGAACUGCUUACCCAGUAUGAUGAGAUAGAUAUGUACAGCCUUUAUACAUCAGUGUGCAUAGCAAAUUCAUCUGGUUUAUCAAGUCAGCUCAAAGCCAGGAGGUCUUCCAAGAUGAUGCCAAGGAUGAUGGGUGGUUACGACCCGUGCUUGGAUGACUAUGCCAAGUUUUACUACAAUCAACCCCAGGUUCAGAAGGCCCUCCAUGUCUCUGAUGGAAUCAGUCUCAAGAAAUGGAGCUUAUGCAAUAUGACGGUGUUUCAUAACUGGUAUGACACGAAGAAAUCUGUUAUUCCGAUAUACAAGAAGCUCAUAGCUGCUGGCCUCCGGAUAUGGGUGUACAGUGGUGAUACCGAUGGCAGAGUUCCUGUUCUGUCGACGAGAUACAGUUUGAGCUCGUUAGAACUUCCGAUUAAGAGGGCGUGGCGACCUUGGUACCACGAGAAACAGGUUAGUGGAUGGGUGCAAGAGUACUAUGGACUCACAUUCGCCACAUUUAGAGGAGCAGGACAUGCUGUGCCCAUAUUCAAGCCCAGUGAAUCCCUUGCUUUCUUUGCCUCCUUUCUUGCAGGAGAAUCUCCACCUUCUCAGAGAUGGAAUUGAGCAUUUUUCUACUUAAUGUAUCCAGUCAUAUAUUAUAAUUCUCCAUAUAUUAAACUACAUGAUGCAAAGAUUGGUCAAGUCUUGGCACUUUUGCUACUACAAAAAUUUACAUUACUCAAAUUAUUAUAUACUAGCUACUAGUACUGUAGUA